AUGUCUCAGCACCUGGUGCGACACCAGGGCACGUCCCAGACAGAAAUCGAACCCGGGCGGGCGGCUCCACGACGGGAGCGCUUAUCAUCGCGCUACCAGCGCGAGGCAGAAUUCUCCAAUCUGGUUGCAUUCCCUUGUUGCCACGACUACCGCAGGAUCCUGGUGAACCGGCAGUCGGCGCAGCGGUCACGCGUGCGCAAGCUGCAGUACAUGUCGGAGCUGGAGCGCAGCGUCACGUCUCUUCAGACGGAGGUGUCGGCGUUGUCCCCGCGCGUUGCCUUCCUCGACCACCAGCGCUCGCUGCUGACGCUGGCAUCAAGCAGCGGAUCACCGCGCUCGCGCAGGACAAGAUCUUCAAAGAUGCUGACCGCCAUUGCCGCUCCCCCUCGUCCCCCCGAUAGCAAUACAUCGCCGGUCACCAUCGGAAUUCAAUUCAGCGCUGCAUGCAUGCAGAAUUGCCAUGACGAUGGUGUCCCGAACCUCUCGCUACAAGUAUCUGACCCGGUCUGAACUCUCCCUCCCUCUCUCCCUCUGUGUUUGUGCAGCUCAUCAGGAGGCGUUGAAGAAGGAGAUCAAGAGGCUGAGGCAAAUCUACCACCAGCAGAGCUGAAGAACGCCUAGUUGUCCCCGGCGCCCGACGCGGCCCCGAUCCGCAGCGACAAGGACCUGAUCGCCAGCAAGGGGGCCGCGGAGCCCGCGCCAUGCCCGCCCUUGUGAUGAGGCCGGAGACCAUCCAUCUCU